AGCUGCAUCCAAUCUGGCCAUAGCCCACGAUCACAUUAAUCAACACUUUGAAUUAAUUUAAAAUAAUUGAGGCCAAAAGCUCCCAUUUUUUGAAAAACAAGAAAGUGUCAAACUAGCCGUUGCAUUCAAAAAAAAGCCCAAAGCACCAUACCCACGCUCUCUCUUCUUCUUUACUUCUGCAACUUCUACUCUCAGAUCCUCUCCUCUCCUUUCAAUCAAGCUUUGUUCAUUUCCAAACCCUUUUUCUCAAACCAAAAAGCACACCAAGAUGUUCACUGAAGGCCUGGAUGAAAGCGCAAUCAAGUGGGUCAAACAGGGAUCAGAUUUAGAAGUGGAAGAACCCCCACUAGUUCGAUCUCCUCUAACAGAGAAGAUUGGAUGCGACCCAUUUCCAAAAUCUCCUCUUUCACACAGAUCUUUCAAUGGUGAGACUUUCAGGUCUCCCCAUGUAUUGCCUCCUCUCAAGUUCCACUGUGGCCUGCUGGCACCACACAGUUUGGUCACUCCUUGCCUCGACGACGACGAUGAAUAUGAGAGCGUAGCUUCGGCACCGGACGAGGAGGAUACUAAUUACUCGGAUUCCGAGGAAGAAGUUGAUUUCUUGGAUAAGCCAAUCUUACAGUGCUAUAAUGAUGAAGAAAUUUUUGGUUACACUUACAAAUCUAGUACAAAUUUCAGUAGAGCACAUGGGUCUUCUUUGAAUAAAGGAGGGUUGUCCAAGGAAAAGCUUAAGAUUGAAGUACCUGAAAAUUUCAGAAGAUAUACUACUGAUGGUGAAUUGGGUAAUAGAAAAUGUGCUCAGAAGGGUUCCACUACAGCCCCAAGUGGUGGUGGCACUGAACUUCAUAAACGGGUUCUAUUCAAUCUACAUGGUCCUCCAACUCAUGGAAGUGUGCAAGGUUUAGAGGACUUGGGAACUCCAAGUGCACCUCCCAUAGUUGCUGAUAUCGGACGAGAAGAGAGAAGCUUUGAGGUCGAGGUUGACAGUCAACAGCGGAGAGCUUCUGAAGGUUUGUCAGAAAUUGAUCUACCUGAUGAAGGGUUAUGCCCAACAAGACUAUCAGAUAGAUUUUUUGAAUGUAAAGAAGGUUUAGCAGAAUGGAAGUCAGAGUCCUUUGAAACCAAUGAACUUGGGGACAGAGUAAACAAAUCCAUAAGUGGUGAAAAGGAAACAAAAUUUUCUUAUUUUCAAGCCAGCCAAUUGGAUCAUUCACCUUAUUAUAACACCAGUGGUCAGUAUGCCUGGCAAACACUGAUUUCUUAUGAUGCUUGUAUACGCUUAUGUCUAAAUGCAUGGGCAAGAGGCUGCACCGAAGCACCUGAGUUUCUACGUGAUGAGUGUAUUGUUCUCAGAAGUGCCUUUGGUUUACACAAUUUUUUGUUACAACCCCGAGCUGCACAACCAAUGGAAGGCAGGACUACCAAGAGUGUUGAACAAAUAUGCGGUUCAAAGACAAAGAAGGUUGUUGGAAAAAUAAGAGUGGAAGUGAGGAAACUUCGAGUAAUACCAAGGAGGAAGCUUAAGAGCACAUAUUCACAGAGAGGUGCAAUCUACAUGCAAGCGGGGUCAGAGUAUGUUCGGCAUGUUUCGUCACUGUUGAAAACUGGCAUGAAUUCUCUGAAGAUUGCCUCAUUCUCAGUGACAUCAGAAGAGCCACUAUCAUGCUUAUUUCAAUUGAAGAGUGCUACAGAAGAUACUGAAGUAGAACCAGGUUCUGCUAUUUUCUUGCACCCUGGAAGUGGUGACUGCCAUGUCUUUUACCCAGAGAGCCAAGGGGAUGCUCUUUUGGUGGAAGUCCAAGACGCAAAAAAAUCAGUCCAAGGUCGAACUACAAUUCCAGUUUCAUCCCUUACUGACAACCCUAGUGACAGAAUUAGGUGGUGGCCCAUAUACCAUGAAGAUCAAGAAUGUGUUGGAAAGAUCCAGCUUUUUAUUGGGAGUACAAUCACAAACAAUGAGACUAAUCACAUAAAGAGUGCACCUGUUGUAGAAACUCUAGCCUAUGAUUUAUUGCUGGAGGCAGCAAUGCGUGCACAGCAUUUUCAUUCCCGGAACUUGCGGUUACAGGGACCUUGGAAGUGGUUGUUGACUGAAUUUGCAGACUAUUAUGGUGUUUCUGAUUCAUAUACUAAGCUGAGAUAUCUUUCUCAUGUCAUGAAUGUGGCGACUCCAACAAAAGACUGCUUAGAGCUCGUGAAUGAAUUGCUUGUACCCAUAAUAAAGGCUAGAAGUGAGAGAAGUCUGACAAGACAGGAGAAAAAUUUACUAUUGGAUUGUGAAACCCAGACAGAGAGUCUAUUGGAAAAUGUUUUUGAGAACUACAAAUCAUUAGAUGAAGACUCUCCUACAGGGUUAGCAGACUUGUUUGGUCCAAUGCAAGAAUCUGCAGCACCAGCUCUAGCACCUGCUGUCCAAGUCUACACUCUCCUUCAUGAUAUCCUAUCUCUAGAUUCCCAAAACACGUUGAGAAACUAUUUGCAGACAGCAGCAAAAAGGAGAUGUCGGAAGCACAUGGUUGAGACUGAUGAGUUUGUCUCCAACAACUCUGAAGGUUUCUUGAUGGACUCCAUUACCAUCUCCACAGCAUACUUAAAGAUGAAGAAUCUAUGUAUAAACAUAAGUAAAGAAAUUCAGGCAGACAUCAAGAUCCACAACCAGCAUGUACUCCCCAGCUCCAUUGACUUGUCAAACAUUGCUGCUGCCGUUUAUAGCACUGAGUUGUGUAACAGGCUUAGAGGUUUCCUUGCUGCAUGGCCUCCAGCUAGCCCACAGCCACAUGUAAAUGAACUGUUAAUAGCAACUGCUGAUUUUGAAAGGGAUCUUGAAUUAUGGAAUAUCAGUCUGGUGCAAGGUGGUGUAGACUCCAGGAAUUUGUUUCACAAUUAUAUAAUGGUGUGGGUGCAAGAUAUGCAACUUAAUUUACUUGAGCUUUGCAAAGCGGAAAAGGUGCCAUGGUCAGGUGUGAUGACAAAUCAUUCCACUUCACCAUUUGCUGAGGAAAUGUACGACAAGAUUAGAGACAGCCUUAAUCAGUAUGAAGUGGUAAUCAAUCGAUGGCCUCAGUACUCAUUGAUUUUGGAAAAUGCUUCUGCAAAUGUGGAAAGAGCAAUCAUAAAAGCACUGGAGAGGCAAUACAAUGAUAUUUUGACACCUUUGAAAGAUAGCAUACAGAAGAAGCUUAAUUUGCAGGUUCAGAAGCUCACAAGAAGGCAAUCAGUGGCAAUCUAUUCUGUUCCUAAUCAAUUGGGAACUUUUCUAAAUACCAUGAAGAGAAUUCUUGAUGUCCUACACUGUAGAGUGGAGGAAAUUUUAAAGUCAUGGGCGGCAUGUCUUCCUGUCAUGGGUGAUAAGAAGUCACUAUUUGGAGAGCAGAUGAAUGGGAUCACAGUUCUCUUAAGAACAAAAUACAAGAAUUACUUGCAGGCAAUAGUAGGGAAGUUCAUUAGCAAUAUGCAAGCUAAUAGAAAUACACGACUCAAAAGGAUUUUAGAGGAAACAAGGGAAGAAGAUGGAGAGGCUGAGGUCCGUGAAAGAAUGCAAAUGUUGAGUUCUCAACUCAUUGAUUCUAUAUCCAACUUGCAUGAGGUCUUUACAAGUCACAUAUUCAUUGCAACCUGUCGCGGAUACUGGGAUAGGAUGGGACAGAUUGUUCUGCAUUUUCUUGAAGACAGAAAGGAAAAUCGAGUAUGGUAUAAUGGAUCUUAUUAUGCUCUUGGGAUACUAGAUGACACUUUUGCAUCGCAAAUGCAGCGAUUGCAAGGAAAUUCCCUCCAAGAGAAAGAUCUUGAGCCCCCUCGUUCAGUAAUUGAAGCUCGAUCAAUUCUUUGCAGAGACACAGCAAAUGCAACAGAUUCAUCGACCUUUUUCUAUGUUUAGGAUUUAACACUUCUCCAACACCAAAUUCAUGCAUCAAUAUUGUCAUAUAUUCCUACCUGAGGUGUAUAGCACUACAAUAAUUUUUUUGUGCAGAAUUCAUUAUAUUC